AGCUCCAUCUCUCGGGGAGCUGUUUUAACACAGCUCAGGCAGCAAUGGUACAGGGACAGCAAACCAGGCUGCAUCUGCUCAGCCCCAGUCACAAGCUCCCUGCUUCCUCUGUGUGUGUGUGUGUGUGUGCGCGCUAGACACCGGCAUCCGCUCUCAGCAUCUCGCUGUCUCCUGCAUCCUCCGGCGCUCAGCGCACGGCUCUGUCUCCCCGCGUACCAGCCUCGCCGCUUCUUUCCCCGGCGGGCAUUCGCCUGCAGAGCGCGGGAUGCGCUGAGCACCCGCGAGGAGAGGAGGUGGUGGCCGGGAACGGCGGCGAUGGGCAUCGUAUGGGCAGCACUGUAGGGCUUGUGCUCUCAACAGGACCCUGAACCAUGGGGGUGUUGAUGUCAAGACGGCAGACGGUGGAGAAGGUGCAGAAGGUCAGCUUGGCUGUGUCAGCUUUCAAAGAUGGGCUGCGGGAGCAGCCAGUAGCACGGAGGCGGGCAGAGGCUGGGGGCACGCGCCGGGGGACACUGGAGCAGACAGUACAAGAGGCAGAGGAGGAGGCAUCUGCGGGGCCCUCACAGCCAGAAGAGGUCAGUGCCAGCAAGGCUGCCUGGGAGCGGCUGCGGGAUGGCCGAGGUGUGGAGCCAGAGGAAUUUGAUCGAGCCAACAGGUUCACACCGCCUGCCUUCAUUCGGCCCCAGCGAGAGCUGCACGAUGAUGAGCCACUGGACAUCAGCCUGGAGCAGCGGGAGCAGGUCCUCAAUGAUGAGAUGUGUGAAAUCUGUGAAGUGUGGACAGCCGAGAGCCUCUUCCCCUGUCGUGUCUGCAGCCGAGUGUACCACGAUGGCUGCCUGCGCCGCAUGGGCUACCUGCAGAACAACAGCGCUGUGGAGGUGACGGAGACUGCACAUACCGAGACAGGCUGGAGCUGCUACUACUGCGACAACCUCAACCUCCUGCUGACAGAGGAGGAAAUGUACAGCUUGAUGGAGACCUUGCGGCAGUGCAAGAUCAUCCCAGAAACCUCCCUGACACUGGAUGACUUCCUGCACUACAAGCACCUGGUACACAAGCAGCAGUUUGAACGGCCCAUGGAGGAGGCACAGGAGGAGCGGGCCACACUGCAGUUCUCUGCCCUGGACCCUGACAAGAAGGGGCACAUCGAGUGGCCAGAUUUCCUCUCCCACGAGUCCAUCCAGCUGCUGCAGAAACUCCGGCCACCGAAUUCCCUGCUGCGGCUGCUGACGGUCAAGGAGCGGGAGCGGGCACGUGCUGCCUUCCUGGCCCUGGACCAGGAUGGCAGUGGCUUCAUCGGGGAAGGCGAGUGCCACAAGGCCCAGCACUCCUGGUUCCGCAAGCACCAGAAGGAGACACCAUCCUGCAGCGUCAGCAUCAGCCAUGUUGGGCCCAUGUCAGAGAGCAGCCCGGCCAGCAGCGGCAGCAGCAAGAGCCAGGAGAAGACGCUGCUGGCAUCGGAGCAGGAGGAGACCAGGUCCAUCGACUGGCCCAGAUUCCUGAAGGAGAAUGUCGCCUACAUCCUGGCAGCCCGUCCCAACAGUGCCGCCAUCCACCUGCAGCCGCCGGCCUAGCU